UUCCAAAGCUUAGUGACCAAGAACAGAACAAGAUGAGCAAUUCAGAGCUCGGAGUUGAACAGGUUGAUGUCCUCAUUGUUGGUGGAGGACCUGUAGGUAUACCAACCCACCCCGCAAUCCGCAUAUGUGAUAUCGCAAACACUAAAUAUAGGUCUUAUAACCGCUUACCAACUCGCCCGCAAUCUCCCCCGUUCCACACACAAGAUCAAAAUCAUCGAAAAAUAUGCCAAAUCGUCACAGGACCAAUAUGGUCGAGCCAUCACCCUGUACCCACGGAGCUCUGAAUUGCUUGACCAGCUUGGUCUCGCCGACUCACUCGCACAACAAUGCUUCGCCUGCCGACAAACUGCCAACUACGAUCAGCAUGGUAAUGAAGUCGAGGGAAGGGGGUGGGCAUUUAUGGAACAUAUGAAGGAUUCCAAAUGGGAUUUUGCUCUUGUGCUUAGGCAGAAGUACCAGGAAGAAAUAUUCAGGGAGGCGCUGAGGAGGGAAGGAGUGGAGCUCGAUGCGCCGUAUGCGCUCACUGACAUCAAGGUCCUGGAGAAAGUCGAUGUGAGUGGUUAUAAGAUUAUCGCUACCAUCGAGCACGGAGAGACGAAAGUAAAGAGCUUGGUCAAGUGUCGCUACCUGAUCGGCGCAGACGGUGGGAAGUCCUUCGUCCGUCGUGCGAUGAACAUCCCUUUCGAAGGCUCCUCCAGCGAAGACAAAUGGGUACGCAUCGAUGGGGUCAUCGAGACUGACUUACCGAAACCACGAACAUAUUGUGCUAUCGAAUCCCCGAGCCAUGGAAACGUUCUCUGGGCUGCCUUAGACCACGGAGCUACACGCAUUGGUUUCGCAUUUACAGCCGAACGCCAGAAAGCUUAUGAAGAGUUCAACGAGGAAGCAGCUGUCAAGGAGGCCAUCGCAUCCGUGAAGCCUUUCUCGCUCAAGUUUAAGCAAGUCGACUGGUGGACUAUCUACGUCGUGGGUCAACGCAUUGCGCGCUCCUUCUUCGUGAAUGACUGUGUCUUCUUAGCUGGUGAUGCAUGCCAUACCCACAGUAGUGGCGCUGCGCAAGGAAUGAACACCGGUAUGCAUGAUGCCGUUAAUCUAGGCUGGAAGUUGUCUCUGGUCUUGCAAGGCCUGGCGAAGCCCGAUCUCUUACACACCUACGAAGCAGAACGCCUGCCAAACGUACAGAAACUCAUCAACUACGACAAAGAUAUCUCGCGUCUGAUGACCAUGCAACUCCCAGAGAGCUGGACUGGUGAUCCGAAUGCAGACCCGAAUGAGAUUCUGGGCAAAGUCAUGGCAGAGGCGGCAACUUUCAGCAGCGGACUGGGCAUAUACUACGAGUCAGACACGUAUCUCAACAUACAACAGAGUGAGGAUAUUUCUAUGGUACAGCCUGGACAGCGAGCGCCAGACGUUGUUUUGCAGAAACCCGCCACUUUCGAAGGCACACGCUUACAAGCAGAGACCCCGAACACGGCACUGUUUUACAUCGUCGUCUUCGCUGGAGACGUCGCAAUGACCAAACCCUCUCUUGCCUCCUUCACCGAAUUCUUGUCUACACUUUCGUCGCUUCAUGACCCGACUUUACCUAUUCAGAAGCUAUCUAUCUUCGCUGGACCGGGCGGGCCCUCGGCAUAUGAGACGCUAGGUGAUAUGCCGUUCGGUCGUGUUUUCUACGAUGAAGAUCAUAGUGCGCACCAACGGUAUGGAAUCAGUGUUGAGAAGGGCGCUGUGUUCGUGCUGAGGCCGGAUGGGUGGGUAGGAACGGUUGUGGGCUUGGAUGGUAGUGCGGCUGGGAAAUUGGAUAGAUAUUUUGGCAAAUUCUUGAACGGUGUAGGCAGCGGCAAAGGUGGGGCGAAGCUGUAGAUUGUUAACGUGAUGCUACUAUGGAACCGUGGCUGAGCUCAAAGUUCCAAGACCUCCUCUUCAUCCUGCGAGAACCCAUCGUCUCCGUCCUCCACCCUCGUCAGAUUUGCCCUAAAUGCGCUUAAUUCCAACUUCCUAAAUGUUCCCUCCUUCCCUUGAUCCCAGAAUACAAGCUCGUUAAACCCUACACCUGCAUACAGUGGGCCAUCAAUGUUCGUCAUGCAGAAGUCGUCCCAUAUCUCGCCCACACCCUCACUCCUUUCUUCACUGACCUGGACCCGCCACUC